GCCAACCGAAGUUAUAAACAAUCAGAGCCUGUGUUAGGCCCAGAGCCAAGAAGACAACGAACUACAUACAGAAUAAUCAUGUCAGACCCUGGGGUUUGGGUUGGCGUCUGGAGGCCUCACAAGCCUCGAGGACCCAUUGCAGCUCUCUACAGUGGUCCUGGACCCAAAUAUGCCCUGCCUGGAGCCACAGGUCUGAACUGCCAUGAUCCUACGAAGCUGAAAGGUCCAGCGUUCAGUUUUGGGACUCGCCACCGCCAGUUGAGCUCUGAUUUCUCCCCUGGGCCAGGGUAUUUGGUUCCCCCCAACAUCACCAGGAAUGGACGUGACGGAACUCCAGCAUACUCCCUCUGCAGCCGCCCAAAAGAACCCCAUCUCUUUCAGACCCCAGGACCUGGACGAUAUUCCCCUGAAAGGUCAGGGAAGUCUGCAUAUUACUCUGCCCCUGCCUACUCCCUAUCUGCCAGAAGCAAAGGUUUCUGCAAUGACCAGACCCCAGGCCCUGCUGCUUACAUGCUGCCAUCUGUGCUGGGGUCUGCAACUGUCAACAAAACCUCUGCUCCAAACUUCUCUCUCCAAGGACGCAGCAAAAUUGGCAGCUUCCAUGAGGACCUGCAAAAGACCCCUGGCCCAGGGACAUACAGAGUGGUGGACCCAUGCACCUAUAAAAACAAGCCACCCCACUACAGCAUGACAGGACGGAACGGCAUGCCUGGAGACACCACCAAGAUACCAGGUCCUGGAGCUUAUUAUCCUGAAAAGGUGACCUUCACAAGGAUCAAACCUCCCAGUUUCUCUUUCGGAGUUCGUCAUUCCGAGUUCAUUGCUCCACUCAUUGUGGAUGUGAUGGAAUAGGAGCCCUUCCAUUUCAUUUAUCCCAUUAUUAAUGUAAUAAAUACAGCUGUACCAAACAGCUCUCUAAUAAAGUAGUUUCAUGUGCCUUAUUAUUAUAAUUUUUUGCUUAUCCUACAUUGAGAACUGGACAAUCAAAUCAUUGCCAGUGAUUAGAAAGGGCAUGACUUGAGUACUGUGGCAGUCUCAGUCGUACAGGAACUGAGACAGCCCACAAGAGGAGACCCAGGAAGUGGAAAUGGAAACUGGUCUGCAUAUUGACACAUCUUGACCAGAAACAAUGUACCUCUGGGCUACUGCCUUCACAGGCAAUGCAUUCAAUGAUAAGGCCUGCCCAUCACAAAAUAUUGAGAGCAUGUCAUUGAGUGUGUUGACUUAGGUCCUGUAACUGUCUCCAAUAAUGCAGCACAUUAUGAAACACAAAACAUGUCUUGACUUAAGUAAUCUGCUUGAAUGCCCAACUGA